AUGCAAGUGACAUCUCAGAAAGUCUUCUUUAUUCACCAUGACCACAAUUGAUCAACAGCACAUUCCUUUCUACCAGCAACGCUGGGUCACACCGCCGCCUACAACAACCCUACCUCCGCAGGUUGUCUCCAAAGUCGCACUUCGAUUUGCUACUCCAGCAUCUUCGCCACGUGAUGUGUCCAUUUCACCGAGUUCAAACUCAAAACAAAAGACAUUCUUGCCUCGAACCGCACUUCAGGGAUCAGCGGACCAUAAUACCAAUUUUGAAAAGCUACUAGGCUUUCAAGAAUGGCUACAUCGGCGAGAGUUCUGGGAAGAGUGUGCUAUUUUGGAGCGAAUGCACUAUAAAAACAAAUCACAACAUAGGCAGGCAGGCUAUUUUCAACGGCUAUGUGAGUGUCGCCGCCUUACUUCACGCAUCAAAGAAGUCAAUAUGGUCGGACUUAUUGAUGAACUUGUAAAGAAGUUUUAUUCUGAGAAAAGCUUGAAAACCGUAUCUGCUUCAAACCUUCAAUGGGACUCCAUUCCCUAUCGGUCAACCGUGGCUUUCACAAUGACUCGCAUAAUCAGCCUAGUUUUGUUGCACAAAAAAUUACAAACAGCUCUUCAUGAGACAUAUGGAGCAUGCUACCAGCUCAUGUCGAAAACACAGUUUAUGUCAUUCGCCUUAGUUGCAAUUGGACUGUGUAGCAGACUGUCUCUCUUAUCAAAAGCAUGGGUUGGUGAGUUGAUGGAUUGUUACGAAUUACUAAGUGAAUGGAUCAAAUCAUUCCCAAACGAAAAAGGCCAUUCAGAGCUUGUUGACUUUGAGGCGCAACUCCCGGAGUCUUUACAAAGUAUUGUUGUGGGCUAUCAUUCUGAGGACUCAGAUGCACUUUCCCUGCCAUUAACAAUACAUUCAAGUAAGCGACAUGAAGAAUCACCAACAUUGGCACAGGAUUUGGGCGAAGUUAUUCAGCGAUCAUCUUUUCUACCUUCUUCAGAAUCACCUUUGGCGCCACAUACACUGCAUAUCUCGAAGCAACGAACGAUCUCUUCCUCAUCUUCAGAUAAAUCAAAUUGUGAGGAAGGCAAUGAUAUAUCCUUUAACAGUGACGGCAACCGACGGUCCGACCUUUUCAUGGAAAAUGAUAAUGUGUUUGGAAAGAUGGCCUCAUCUUCUCUUGCAGGCAUGGAAAAACCAAAGAAAAUGAAACUGGAUUUGGAUACAAUUUUCAGCAAGGAUGAGAAACAAAAAAGGCAAGGAAUCAAGGAAAAGAAAAAGCUAGGCAAGAAAUAUAGUGGAAACGGGACUGAAUCCAAUUCUUCCACAUCUCCAUCUAUACGAUCUUCGCCUGAACCGAGUACUCGCAUUAGACUUGAGAGCGGCAAAGGCUCUAUUGGUAAUUUUGAUGACAUUUUCGAUCACGAUCAAUCAAAGAUCGCACCGCCAUCUCCGUCUGUGAAAGGAUCCGCACCACUGCCAAGAAAGGCCGUACAGAAGGAGAAGAGUAAGGGCAAGGGCAAUAACAAGAGAGAGAUUGAAGAUAUCUUUGGAGCGAUCAUCAACCAGAAGAAGUCGAAGACAACAGAGAUUGACAACAUUUUUGGAUUGUCGGUCAAGAAAAAGGACAAGUUAAUUAAAUAAGUCUACGCAUCUGAUUGGUUGGAGAUAUAGUAUAUAUUUAUAUAAUAC